GGGAGCUUCCCCUUCCCCCAGCUCCCAAAAUUCAAUCAAGCCCAUAGGACUCUCGUCUCCCCUUGACAUAUUUGUUACCCUAAACCCAAUAAUUUACAAAAACGCCACUCAGCUCUCCCACUCCCCGGAAUCUGAGAAAGAGAGAGAUGAUGGACGCAGGAGCAGCAGCAGGAGGAGUGUCUUCGGCCAAGUACAUACUCGCGAAGCCUCUCAAGCUCCUCACCGAAGACGACAUUUCUCAGCUCACCCGCGAGGAUUGCCGCAAAUUCCUCAAGGACAAAGGAAUGCGCAGGCCUUCUUGGAACAAAGCUCAGGCGAUCCAGCAAGUUUUAUCCCUCAAAGCUCUCUUUGAGCCCGGCGACGACUCCGGCGCCGGCAUCCUCCGCAAGAUCCUCGUCUCUCAGCCUCUCGUUACAGCAACGUCGAUUGAGCAGGUGAACGAGGUCGGAGCACAGAUUCCUUUUCAGGAAGAUGACGGCUCCAGCUUCAGAAGGGACUCUCCAAGAUCAGCUGAGUUCUCUGGCGGUUCUGUACCGGAGAAAGACAGUUACAGUAUUCUCUCUCCCAGAAGCCCAGCAGAAACAAAUGCGUUGGGUGGGCAAAUGACGAUAUUCUAUAGUGGGAAAGUGAGUGUAUAUGAUGGUGUACCACCUGAUAAGGCGCGGUCAAUCAUGCACUUUGCAGCCAGUCCGAUUGAUUUUCCUGUACAUGGUGUUUCUGCUUCUACCAGAAUGAUUUCCAGUCCCAUGACAAUGAGUAAAGAGAAGAUGGUUGAACCAUCCCACUAUGGCCUUGAAAAGGCAAAUGCUUCUCGUGAUUCUGAUGCGGAGGGUAGAAAAGUGUCGUUGCAAAGAUAUCUUGAAAAGAAGGAUAGAAGAUUGUUUAAGACCAAAAAGGCACCAGGGGUUGCAUCAUCUAGCUUGGAGAUGUAUCUGAAUCAUACUCAGCCAGUGACGAACUCAUACUCACAAAGCCUUAGCGGUGGCACAAGAGAAGAACAGCACGAGUCACCUGAAAAUCAGACAAGAAGUCCCAAACUAUCAGUUGAUCUGAACCGUGAUUAAAAGAGUGAAGAGAAUUGACAAGACCAAAAACUGGGGAUGAUAUUACAGGUCAAAAAGCUCAUCACGAAGAACAGUUGCCAUGUAACAAAAAGAAAGGGAUGAAAAGCAGACAAGGAUUGUUCUCCCGUCAGAAACAUGGCUCAGUAAGAUGAGCUGGAGGAGUCUUGUGAUCGAUCAAUGUCUCUUUGUUUUGUUAUUUUUGUAACCGUCUUUUCUUAGGUCUGUAUUGCUGAGUUAGGUUAGUGACGGAAAUGUUCUUUGGUUCACUUGGAGAGAGCGAGAGAAUGGCGAGGAUUUUUCUGGUUCGCAAUAUGUAAAUGUUUGUUCUUUUUUAUGACGCUUAAAACAAAUGAGAGACCUUUGUUGAUUCCUUAACUUUGAGUUUCCA